GGAGCGGCGGCGCGAAGCCGCUACUCGCCGACAGACAGCAGCUGAGCACCGGGAGGUGUCGGGGAGAGAGCCGGGGGCAGAGCCGGAGCUGCUGGAGCCUAUUACGGUAGAAAACACGGCCGGUCCCGCAUCGACCCGGGUCCGGUGACCUGCCGGAGUCACAGGCCGAUCUGUAGAACUUGUGGGAUUAAAAGCAGAAUAAGAAGAGACAGAAACGGCAGCGGGUCCGGGUCUGCCUUCAUGCUGUGUGCACACACGAGAAGUCCGCGGUGAUCCGGGUCCAGUUGUGUGUUUUGUGUGGUAUUUUGUGUUGGGGGGUGUUGGGCUGACCAUGGUGGGGGAGAUGGAGGGGAAGGAGAAGCCCAGGCCCAGUCCGGAUUAUCUGAUGCAGCUCAUGAACGACAAGAAGCUGAUGAGCAGUCUGCCGAACUUCUGCGGGAUCUUCCAGCAUCUGGAGAGACUGCUGGAUGAGGAGAUUAGCCGUGUGAGGAAGGACAUGUAUAACGACACGCUGAACGGAUCAGAGAGGAGCAGCGAGCUGCCGGACGCCGUCGGUCCAACCGUCCAACUGCAGGAGAAACUCUACGUCCCCGUGAAGGAGUUCCCUGAUUUUAACUUCGUGGGGAGGAUUCUGGGUCCUCGUGGUCUGACGGCGAAGCAGCUGGAGGCUGAAACAGGAUGUAAGAUCAUGGUGAGAGGGAGGGGCUCCAUGAGAGACAAGAAGAAGGAGGAGCAGAAUCGAGGGAAACCGAACUGGGAACACCUGAACGAGGAUCUUCACGUCCUCAUCACGGUGGAAGACGCUCAGAACAGAGCCGAGAUCAAACUCAAACGAGCUGCGGAGGAGGUCAACAAGCUGCUGGUGCCCGCCGCGGAGGGGGAGGACAGUCUGAAGAAGAUGCAGCUGAUGGAGCUGGCGAUCCUGAACGGGACGUACAGAGACGCUAACGUCAAACCCUCCUCCCUUGCCUUUUCUUUUGCAGCGUCCACUCAGACUCCUCGUGUCCUCUCUGGCCCCACUCCUGUCUUGGCCCCACCCACCACUCUUCGUACACCUGCCGCCACAGGCCCCACCCUCAUGCCGCUGAUUCGUCAGAUUCAGACGGUGCUACCCAAUGGGACGCCGGCUCUGAUGCCAGGGGUGGGGCCUGAGUCUGGUUUGAUCUACGCGGCGCCGUACGACUACCCGUACACUCUAGCAGCUCCGGCCUCCAUCUUGGAGUACCCCCUGGACUCUGCUGGGGUGUUAGGUAAGCCCGCCCCCCCUUGCUCCUGCGAGUGCUCCCCCACUCCUCAUCACCAUUCUCACGGCCAGUGGAGCCCCGCCCCCACGCUGCUCCUCAGACACGCCUCCUAAGAGGGAGAAAACAAGUGCUCCUCUGCCUCCGCACCGCACCUCCUCCACACAAAACACACUCAGACACACAAACAGCCACAUACACACACCUCGUUCACUGAAACCUGCAGUGCAGCAGCGCCCCCUGCUGGACGGAGUCAUCAGCAGUAAACUGGAAGUCGUCACAGGUCCAGACUGUUCGACCUGAUCCUAAACUGACCCGAGGAAAACCUGAGAACAAAUCCAGAAAUCCAGAAUGUGCUGGACCUGAACAGAAGACGUGUCAGUUACUGCAGAAACUCACUCACAACAGACAGAGCAGCAAUGUCUGCUUCUCUGUUCAUCAAAUUCAACAUCAUUCUUUAAGCUGGUUUCCUAAAAUAGAAUCUAGAGUAAAACAUUCAAAGAGAAAGAUAUUUGAAAAAAACGUAAAACAGUUUCACGUUUCAACUAAAAAGUCAAAACUUUUCAGGAAACAUGAAAAAAAGCUGUGAUUUAUAAACUGAUAUGAUCAGAUGUGCGACUGAGCACGCUCAGAUCCACUCACCCCUCAGCUCCUGCUCAGGGCCCGGACUGACCUGAAGAUGCUGCAGCAAAAGGACAUUACUUUAAAGAUCGACGUACGUCCACAAAGUGUCGUGAUGCUGAAACAUGAUGGUAAGAGUUGAUUUCCUUCACGGUCUCUGUCCUCACUGUCCUCACUGUCCUCAACCAUGAAAACAAACAACAGUUUCAGAUUAACAACGAUCCAAUAUGUGGAAACGUGUGAAACCAAGUUUUUGUUCAGUUUGUUUGUCCACACGGGGGCGCUGCUCGGCUUCUCCAUCAUGUUUGUAAUGUUUACUGUGAACGAGGUGUUCAGGUACGAUGUUUGUACGACUGUCGACAUGUCGCACACACCGAACCUCAGUUUUACUUAAACUGAUGAUACAACUGAAAACUAUGCAUCAUGUGACUGUAGCUUCCUGCACUGAAACAUGCAACGCCUGUGAAUCUGUAACUGAGACAGUGAACUGAAGCCAACACGCCUCCAACACGCCACCAACACGCCACCAACAUGUCAGCAGCAGAGUUCUGCUCUAACCAGAAGACCAACACUUGUCAAACUGAAAGUAGAACAAUAAGCACAAUUUUUUAAUUGUGUUCAAAACCAUUUCAGACCUUGGCUGUCGAUCAGGUGAGCAGCAGAGCUCUGAUUGGUUGUAACGAUUCAGCAGAGCAUCAGGGUCACAGUCAAGAAUAAAGUCGAAAUUUUAAGAAAAAAGUCAGAAUAUUUUGUACAUAUGACGUUAUGAGUCAGUAUUAAACUGGAAUAUUUGAAGUAAUUAAUUACACCAAACAAUAUUCUGAGAAGAAACUCAGACUGAGCUCAGUGUGACAGAGUAUUAAAACCUAAUAAAUAAAAUAUCGUUUUGUAAAACUUGAUUUUAUUGCAGCUUUUUUCUGGAGCCAUUUUUUUUCUUAAGAUAUAAAAACUUUUCCUCAUGAAAUGAUUGCGUUUUCUAACUGUGACGCUUUUUUCUGGAAGAGUUGCAGCUUCUCACUGUGGCCCUCAUCCUCUGCUCCAAUAACCAAUCAAACAGCAGCACCUCUGAGGACGUUGUCUGCAUGAUGACAUCACAGACUCACCUGUUAAAUCACCUGAGAGCCUCUCAGAUCUCACCUGUAACCAGACUCUGUGUCACUUUGUGCCUUAAUUGUGUUUCUAAUGAUUUUCUCUGCGUAGCUGUGAUGACAUGCUGACAUACCUGUGCGUACCUGCAUGAACUGUCGUGACGCGGUGGACAGGUGCAUCCGUGUCCUUCGUGAUGUUUUGUGGUGUGCGUGAUCCAGUGCAGGUGCGGCGGCCGCUGAAGUUCGGAGACACGAGCCGCGUGUGCAUCCUUACCGAAGGGUGGCGACCGCAGGCCGUGGUUGGUCCAUCCCCCUCAGACCACACCCCCUCGCACCUGCCUUUCCCACAAUUCACUGCUUUGCCUUAGCUGGUGUCUGUUCAAAGCAUUUUCACGCAAACAGCCAGCGGCGAGUUUAACAGAGUCCACCAGAGUCUGACAGAGUUCUGCUCAGGUCCACAUGAAGCUGCAGCACUGAGAAGUUCAUCCACCAGCAGGCGGAUCAAAGCCGAACCCUCGCUGCUCCACACGUUAUGUAACAAACAUAAAAUCCUGACUGGGAAUGAUGGGAUUCAAAACUAAACCAGUGAAUAACAGUAGUUUUAUCAAUCAAACCCAAAGUGAAACAGAAUAAAGUCAAAUGAAAACAUUCAAACCAACAGAAACGUUGCGUUUCCAUCGUCUGAACGUCGACAUGAACACCACGUCCCAGCUGUGUGUACGAAUCCCAGGGUCAGGUGACAGAGUGACACCUGUAACAUGCUGAAUCCCAGGGUCAGGUGACAGUUAGACCUGUGUAGGUCACAGCUGAUCCGCCUGCUGAGCUGCUGAUUUCUGCACAUAACACUCAAACGUUUCAACAUUUAACAAGCACCAAAAACAUUUUAGCAGAUAAGGUGUGAAAACGCUCCGCAGGUAACAGAACAGGUGGUUUCUGGGAAACGCAGUCCAAAUGUGUGAUGGGGAAAAUGCAUGUUGCAGGGGUUUGUUAGAAACGUGUCUAAAGUGACUUCCUGCGCCGUUAUUUCAAAGACUUUAUGAAUCCACCAUAAUGUUAAUGACAAAUGAUGGACUCUUCAAACAAAAAUUCAGAGACGUGUUAAAAACAAACAUUUGAAUAAAUCUGCGUUGUUCUCCUGCUCCUCCUGAAUCUGAUGCUUCAGUUUCAUCUUUGUGUGCAGGACAGGUUUAGCUUAGCUUAGCACAAAGACUGGAAGCAGAGGGAAACUGUUAGCCUCUACAGCUCUGCACCACCAGAACUAGCUGUGUAAAACAGAUGCGCUAAAACUGGCCAAACGUUAUCUUGCUAAUGUUAGCAUAGCUUGGGGUAUUGUUGGUAUUAGCACUCAAACCACAGUAUCACAGUUUCUAUUCUGAAAAUAGAAUAUUUACCAACAGACUCAUGUUUUUGCCUUUUGAUGAAGCUAAGCUAACGGCUCCCUCCUGCUGUCAGUCUUUGUGCUAAGCUAGGCUAACCCUGGACACAGACAACAGGAGGAUUUACCAAAUGUUACAAAUAAAAGUUCUCAACCUUUAACAUGACGUUAGCUAACAGUGCUCACAAAGCAGGUCUUUAAAUUUCAGUUGGACUUUUUGUCAAAGGAGCGAACGCAGAUUUUUCCCGUUUGAACUGGAUUUCCUGUCAGCUGGGUUUCCUCAGAGACAGAGCAGCAAUUGGCCCAAAGACCUGAAGGUUUCACACCUGGAAAAACAUUUUCAUUUGUCCUUUGUAUCUAAAACACUGAUUCCAACAAUAAAUAAGUUCGUACUGGUUCCUGUUCACACUGAGAGAGCAGCAGAAAACAUGUCCUGACCAUUCAUGUGGAAAAAAAACAGAAAAAGCAAAAAACAAAGAAGAAAAAAUUUUCUUUUCAGAAAAACGAAUAGAAAAAUUAUAAUAUUUCCAAAAAAGGUUGCAAAUAUUUCCAGAAAGUUUCCAUAUUUAGGGAAAGAACGUUGUGACAUCUCCAUGGCUCCCGUGAGAAAUACCACAUCUGUAGACCAAUCAGAUCACUGGAUGGGAGAGACUCACUGUGAGGCCCAUCAGCAGUGACGAACCGUCCUAAACCAUCUCAGAAGCUAAAAUCCUGUGAAGAAAGAAACAGGAAAAACAUGUUUUUAUGAGGUUUAGUUACUAAAACCAUCAAAGUGUAAUCAGUAACAGGUAACACUGACAGUUAACAGAACACAGAGUCCUGGUGUGAACCCGCCUCGGAAACGUUCGACUCGUUCGUCACAUCAGCAGAUUUCUCUUCUAAACUCGACGUACUCUAACCUACACCUGGUGAGAACUCGACCCGACAGGAUUUAAUUAUUACGUGUCUGUGACACCGUCGGGUGGGACGCCGUCAGUCUGCGGUGGCUAGCAUUCAGGCGCGACCCGUAAAACUUUGUGUUUACUGGUGUCUGGCUGUGAUGGCAGUGGACAGACGGAUGACAGGUCUGAGACAAAGCGUUAUGUCCUCCAGCUCCUGGUCCUCAUCCUCUGUCAGCACAGCAGACAAUUUAAAACCUCCAACAAAGUGUUGGAGCAGCUUCAGGUCACUUCAUGGACACGAAGGUGACGAGUGUGAAAGAAUUAGAUAAAAAAAAAAAAAAGUUCCACGUGAGACAUUUUUUCAGUUUUUCUGGUUUUGUUGUUGCCAAGAGACGAAUAUUUACUUGUGGCUUGUUAAGGUAUGUACACAAACAGAUAUAAGUAUAUGUGAAAAGUAUAAAGCAGGAAUGUAAAUGAAAUAGGCCUAUAAUGUUGGCUGUUUGUAGGAAGACGACGUAGCAGCUUUAGAGAAAAGCUUUUCUGUUUUAGGGCUUUAUGUGAAAGACGAGAGUUUCCUGUUUAUAUGCACGUUUCUAUGAACGAUAGAGUUUAAACUAAGCUGUUAGCAUCAAACCUGUUUAGGAACAAAACGAGUUGUGUUGCUUCGUGUUGUCACUGCAAAGAUUUUAUGUUCGUUGGAAAUGUUUCUUCUCAAAAGCCAAUAAAAAAAAUAUUGAAUAAAAGGAUAAAAAAGCUUUUUACACUUUAAUCAUAUU